AUGUCUUUCUUCUUCAGUGACAGCCGCAAGCGCCGCAAAUACGCACAACCUCCAGCUGCUACUGUUCCUGUCUUUCAUCCGAACCAUCCCACUUAUGCUGUGAAUACCUCUACCGUCAUUUACGAGGAACCCCAACCUCAAUGGACGCCGCACCCCGCAACAUACACCGCUCCAGCCUUCCAUCCAUACAUGACCUCGACUCUCUCCUUACCACCCGUGCAGAGUAUACAGACCGAGUACCACACAAUGCCUCUGCAAUAUCAACAUACAUGGUCACAUCCAUCCUCGAAUCCUAUGAAUGUCAGUCCGCCGACAGUGCCCACGCGAAUCGAGCUGCGAGAGCGAAUUGACCACAAGUUGGGCGACGUUAUAUCCCUCAUUGAUGAAGAUGCAUUUUCGGGCGCGGAAAAAGAAAUGAUGAUCACAGAGGGAGAUUUUGGAGCGCGGGAUUUCGAAGAGACCUAUGCAAUGGAUCGGGAUAUGACGCGGGCGCUCGGAGCGGUUGAGAAAGUGCCGCCGAGACAGAAGAAACAAGGGCAACAGAAGCAGACCAACGUCUUCUCGAAGCUUGACCUGUACAUGAAUUCGCGAUUGCCUGAGUCUCUACAACCAUUUCGAGUAUAUAUACCGACGUGGCCGCUUCUGUGUCUCGCGGCACAGUAUUCGAACAGCGCAUACGUCUCCCCUCAAUCCUCGGCAGAGCGCAAGGAUUUUGUCUCGGCAGACGGCCGUUUAGGCACAAAAGCAAUGGUGAUCAAGUCGAUUCCAUGCGACGACAAGAAAACCAUCGUCUUCGCCAUUCGAGGGACGAGUUUCUUUAGCGUGCGCGACUGGGGAGUCAAUCUGGACACCGAACCCGUGUCACCAGUGGGAUUCCUGGACGACCAGGGCAAUCUCUGCCACUCGGGUUUUCUCCGAGUCGCCAGAGCGAUGGUCAAGCCGAUUGCUGCGAGACUUCGCUACUUGCUGGAAGAGAACCCAUCUCGUUCCAGCUGCUCCCUCCUCAUCACAGGUCAUUCCGCAGGUGGUGCCGUCGCGAGUCUGUUGUAUGCCCAUAUGCUGGCUGAGACCGUUCAGUCCGAACUCAACAUCUUGACAGGCUGUUUUAAGAGAGUCCAUUGUGUCACGUUCGGAGCUCCACCUGUUAGUCUCUUGCCGCUACAGAAGCCCGAGACUGCUGAUGGACGACUUCGUAAGUGCCUGUUCCACUCAUUUAUGAACGAAGGCGACCCUGUGGUGAGGGCCGAAAGGGCAUAUGUGAAAAGUCUUGUUGACCUCUUGUCGCGACCAAUCCCAUCAUUACCAGCCUUUGAGCCAAAGCAGUGCUCGGUGUCCCCACUGACCGCGCUGGGAGCGUCCAUGUCGAGACUCGAUCUCUCGCUGAUUCCCGCCCCAAAGAAACAAUCGAAACCCAAGCCCCCAAAAUCAAAACCGCCGUCUCUUCCACUCAGGAAGCUCUGGUGGGACGCCCCUCCCGCAACGCUGUCGAAUGCAGGUCGUCUUGUGGUACUCCGUAUCCCGGACCGUCCUGGUGCAAAUGAAGCGGACGUGACCGCAUCUCUGGUCAAGGAUGAGCAACUGCGACAAGUGAUCUUUGGAGAUCCUCUAGUGCACUCAAUGAACCUGUAUGCGAGAAGAAUCGAGACUCUGGCUUUCCGCGCGGUGACGGGGCGCGGUGGAGCAUGUUGA